AUGGCAGAAACAAAUAUCACAAAGGCGGCGGCCACUCAUCUCGAGGAGACCUUAGGCGAAGGCGCCAUCGUCGAUGCCAAGCAUGCCUCCGACGAAGAACAUUCACAAACCUUACUGCAGGCCUUGAAGAGCAACCGCAAGGCUGUCUUCUGGUCCAUGAUGAUCUCGAUGAGUAUCAUCAUGGAGGGUUACGACACAAUUUUGAUGGGUAAUUUCUUCGGCUACCCUGAAUUUGCGAAGAAAUAUGGCACGGAUUAUGGCGGAACUACUGGAUUCCAAGUGUCUGCACCUUGGCAGUCCGGCUUGAAUAUGGGCUCGACCGUCGGAGCAAUAUUUGGCGGAAUUUUAAACGGAUAUCUCGUCUCUCAACUCGGCUAUCGCUACGUUAUGGUCGGGGCGUUGUUCUUCAUGAACGCUUUCGUCUUCAUUGUGUUUUUUGCCAAUUCUGCUGCUGUAUUAUUGGUCGGUCAAAUUCUCUGCGGCCUGAGUUGGGGUGUCUUUGCAGUAGCCAGUCCAUCGUAUGCGUCAGAAGUUUGCCCGACGAACCUACGUGGCUACCUCACGACCUAUGUCAAUCUUUGCUGGGCAAUUGGUCAGUUCAUCGCAGCAGGCGUACUUGAGGGAUUGAUUAACCGACACGAUCAAUGGGCUUAUCGUAUUCCAUUUGCCAUUCAAUGGAUUUGGCCCGUCCCGCUCAUGAUAGUAUGCUUCUUUGCACCCGAAAGUCCUUGGUAUCUUGUGCGCAAGGACAGGGUAGAUGAUGCCAAGAAAAGCCUACGACGGUUGGGAGGAGAAAAGACGGAGGACCAAAUCAAUGGCCAGCUUGCCAUGAUGAUACACACUGUGAAUAUUGAAGAAGCCCAGGCCAAGGAGAGCAAGUCCUAUGUGGAUUGCUUCAAGGGCACCGACCUCCGCCGCACGGAAAUUUGCUGCAUGGCCUUCCUCGGACAGAUUCUUUCAGGAAGCUCAUUUGCGUACUCUCCAAGUUACUUUUUCACCACAGCUGGCAUGAGUCCAGACCACGCAUAUCAGCUAAACUUAGGCGGAACGGCGAUUGCUUUCCUUGGAACAGUUUUCUCCUGGUUCUUGAUCACCCAUUUUGGCCGCAGGACUCUGUAUGUAGCAGGUCAAGGUAUCUUGUGCACGGUUCUCCUUGUUAUUGGAAUCAUAAAUGCUGCGACUUCCGCCAAGAACGCCAUUUGGGCAGAGGCUGCAUUAUGCAUAUUUUGGCUCCUUGUAUACGCUCUAACCGUCGGUCCUCUUGCAUACGCAAUCGUCUCCGAGACUUCAUCCAUCAGAUUGCGCCCACUUACGGUAUCUUUAGCCAGGACGGCGUACCAGAUCAUAAAUAUUGUUUCGCAGGUUCUUGAACCAUAUUUCAUGAACCCUACUGCCUGGAACGCAUCCGGAAAGACGGGAUUCUUCUGGGGCGGCACUGCUUUAUUGACAUUUAUCUGGGCCUACUUUCGGCUGCCUGAGACCAAAAACCGAACCUACGAAGAGCUGGAUAUUUUGUUUGCAAAGAAAAUUUCUGCUCGUAAAUUUGCAUCGGAGAAUGUCGAUGCAUAUGAGACUCAUAUUGAGGUGGCAGAAAAGAAGUGA